GUCGCUUAUCCUGGCCCUACCCCAGGCUUCGCCCUCAUGACGUUCAUCCUGGCCACACCCCAGGCCCCGCCCUCCUAACGCUCAUCUUUGCCCCGCCCUAGAGUCCACCCCCAGGACGCACCUCCUGACCCUAUCCCCAGGCCCCGCCCCCUCUCGGCCCCCACGCACUGCUCUCGGCCCGCCCCCUCUUCAGUCCAGGCCCGGCUUCCUCCAGGUCUCCCGGCAAUGCUGCGGCCCCGACCACCUCAUGGCGCCCGAGGACAACGCGGGGACCGAACUCUUGCUGCAGGGUUUCGAGCGCCGCUUCCUGGCGGCGCGCACACUGCGCUCCUUCCCCUGGCAGAGCUUAGAGGCAAAGUUAAGAGACUCAUCAGAUUCUGAGCUGCUGCGGGAUAUUUUGCACAAGACUGUGAAGCAUCCUGUGUGUGUGAAGCACCCGCCGUCAGUAAAGUAUGCCCGGUGCUUUCUCUCAGAACUCAUCAAAAAGUCCUCGGGAGGCUCGGUCACACUGUCCGAGAGCACAGCCAUCAUCUCCCACGGUACCACAGGCCUGGUCACAUGGGACGCCGCCCUCUACCUUGCAGAAUGGGCCAUCAAGAACCCGGCAGCCUUCAUUAACAGGACUGUCCUAGAGUUUGGCAGUGGUGCCGGCCUCACAGGCCUUGCCAUCUACAAGAUGUGCCACCCCGGGGCAUACAUCUUCAGUGACCCUCACAGUCGUGUCCUCGAGCAGCUCCAAGGGAAUGUCCUUCUCAAUGGCCUCUCAUUAGAGGCAGACAUCACUGCCAACUUAGACAGCCCCAGGGUGACAGUGGCCCAGCUGGACUGGGACGUAGCGACGGUCCAUCAGCUCUCUGCCUUCCAGCCAGAUGUUGUCAUUGCAGCAGACGUGCUGUAUUGCCCAGAAGCCAUCGUGUCGCUGGUCGGGGUCCUGCGGAGGCUGGCUGCCUGCCAGGAGCACAAGCGGGCUCCUGAGGUCUACGUGGCCUUUACCGUCUGCAACCCAGAGACGUGCCAGCUGUUCACCACCGAGCUGGGUGAGCCCCAACGCCCACCUGGUCCUACAUGGUCCCCGAGCUGUCCCUGCAGGACUCCAGUGGAAGUGAAAGAACUGGGCGCCGGGGAAAAGCUAGGAUGCCCCACAUUCCCACACCAUGCGGGGAAAUCGGGCAGAGGCCGGCCGGGCCGGGAUGAGAUGGGAAGCGGAAGCUCAUCAUGACCACAAACUGUUUCCCUACAGAGAGCACUUGGAGAUGGCAAUGCUGAACCUCACACUGUAGGACUCACACACGACUCCAACGGGAUUGUGAGAAUCAAGUCACUCUCGUGGGAAGAAUUUGUAUAUGGGAAAGCGGAUAAAACUUUCACUGGACUGGAAUGCUUGGAGAAUGUUAAAUUCCAAAUCAGGAACCACAAACUGCCCUCUAAUAAGACAUCAGCUGUCUAAGCGUGUGGGUGCCCCCUUUCUGCCAGCAGUUCUGGUUCUUAAGAAAAUCACCAUAAAUCAGACAUGAAAAUUUUGGCUGCAAAAAUAACAUUUUCUUUCUGCAAAUAAAAACGUGUGUAUCAAGGAUGACGUUCCCCCAACGUGGACACACUUGGUUCCUCAGAAAGCCAAGCCCGCUGCAGCUGCCACAUCCCUGGACACACUCGGUUCCUCACAAAGCCAAGCCCGCUGCAGCUGCCACAUCCCUGUACUCACUCGGUUCCUCACAAAGCCAAGCCCGCUGCAGCUGCCACAUCCCUGUACUCACUCGGUUCCUCACAAAGCCAAGCCCGCUGCAGCUGCCACAUCCCAGGGCUUAUGGUGCAGUAGGUGCUUUUUUCAAGACAGGAAUGAAAGUGUUAGGAACACGGCAGAAAGAUUACACCUGGAGACCAAAUGCAGGAUGAGGAGUACUGCAGAGGUCACAGGGAAGUCACAGAACAGUAAUACGCUAGCAGGGGCAUGGGGCGUGAAGAACAGAAGAAGACAGGAAGCGUUUCAGAGACUCCAAAGAAGAAAUCAGGGCCAACCAGAGCUUCCCGGGUCAUUCACCAGGUGGCACCAGUGCCGUCAUUUCAGCUUCUGGCCACUGGAAGGCGCUGCUCGAAAGGGUUUGCCCUGAGACUCCAAGAAGAAGCUGCAGGAAGGACAGCAGGUUCCCUGGGGUUUUAGCCUCUGGCCCAGGAGUUAUGUGUCCAUAACCAAAGGGAGCACAGUCUGCACCCAGCUCUCAUCGCAUCAGAGCUGCUGCGACUCCCGCAGGUUCUUCCGGAACUGGUUUAGCUUCCCUGCAGGAUCAGGAAAGUUUGAUAAAAGCAUCUGCAAAAUGUGAAAGAGCAGAGCUUACCUCAUUGCCUGUCCCCACCCCAUCCCAGGUCACCACCUGGCUGACCCCAGGUCCCCGACCCAACAACAACCCCUCCCAAGUCCCUAACUCCCUCACUUGGACUUGAGACCCUUCACACCCCAGCAGCGCUCCGCCUCCAACUUGACAUCAUGCUUUCUGGAAACUUCCCCGUAUGUCCCACUUUCCCACACUUGGUGCGCUGGAGCACCUUCUGGCCUCUACAUGCUGUACGUUCCCCUGUGAGCACCCUCCUCUCGGCCUCUGGCCAACACAGUCCCACCCAUCUGUGGGUAACAAGGGGGUGUGGGUGUUCUUUUCAGCCUUGCUAAACUGUCUGAAUCAAGGAUCACAAACUACAGCCUGCAGGCCAAAUCCAGCCCACAGCCUGUGUUUGUAAAUAAAGCUUUGUUGGAACAAA